AUGGCUGAACCAAAUGCUCUCGCUGCUGCUUUCGAGAAGCUCGCUAAGAUCCUCGCGGAGUCCAACUCCAACUCUGGGGUCAUCGUUCCUCGACAGGAAGUGGCUCAGAAGCUCGAAAUGUCACCCCUGGACAUGAAGCUAGAGGGGGCCACAAAUUACUUGAGCUGGUCCAGAAGGGCAUUGCUGGCUGUGGAACAGAAGGAACUUGAUGGGCACUUAUUGGUUGCGGUUGAUGAACCCGGAGACAAGACUACCGCGGAGGGAAAGCAGUGGAAGGUCAUAAACUCUGUGCUUGUUGGCUGGUGGUUGUUGAACUCAGUGGUGCCCUCCAUUGGUCGCUCUGUGGAGGGACUAUCCACGUCCGCCGAGAUAUGGAAGACUCUAUCCACCCAAUACUCAGGCAAGGGUAAUUUCAUGCUAAUUGCUCAGAUUGAGGGGAAGAUCAGUCGGCCGCGCCAAGGCGAUGACAUGUCAGUGAUGGCAUAUGUAGCAGAGCUGCAGGCUUUGUGGGCAGAGCAGGAUAAGUGUGAUCCUCUGGAACUCUAUGAUGCGGCGUGCAUCGAGUCAGGGCGCAAGUGGAUUGCACGCAGGCGUGUGCUGAAACUGUUGGAAGGCCUCAGAGGUUGCUUUCAUGGCAAGGGGGCUUCCCUGUUGCACCAACCUCUCCUGCCAACUAUUGAGGACACUAUUGCAGCAAUGUCUCAAGAGGAGGUGAGGCUAUCUCUUGAGCAUGCAAACGUGAAGUUUGUGCCGGCUUCGACAUUUGCAGUCACUGAGCGCAUGGAGUGGGGAGAUCCCAACACAUGUCAUAUUUGUGGGGAGGUAGGUCAUUGGAAGAGUGAAUGUCCAACUCGUGGUAGAGGCAGGGGAUACAACAGAGGGGGCACUGGCAGAGGCAGGUAUGCUCGAGGCAGAGGUGGAUACCCAUGGAACUCAGGGGGUCAACUUUCUAGGGGCAGAGGUGGCUACUCAGGAAACUCAGGGGGCAGGGCGCAUAUGGUAGUUGAAGAGGACACUGGGACGUCACAGGGCAAGGGAGUUGAUGAGGCUGCCUAUGGAGACUUUGCUCGCUUGGCCUCCACUGAUGAAGGAGCGACAGACGAGCCAGACGGUUGGGACUGGCACCAGGCGUAGGGGGCUCUGGUACAUGGACCAGGAGGUGCAACCGGACUUGGUGUGUG